CCAUGCAGUGAACCCCGUGCCGUCUGUCGAGCGACGCGCCACGGUGACGAUGAGUUCCGGUGAUUGCUCGGCCAAUCGGCGGAGCGAGGAGGGCAACGCCGUCCGUUAAACCGAAGCCACCAGGAAGUGCUCCGGCAAUUCGAUCGUCUUUCUUAGCAAUAUCUGUUAUGAAACAACUGGUAACCACCCUUGGAAAAGCAACCGCGCUCUUGACUCUCGUAGUAGUCGUCAUUGCGGCGGUUUUGAAUUAUUUCGACGACUCCGAUCCGGUUGAAUACACCAGCAUGGCUGAAGACACGAAGACCCUGGAGGAGAACUUCAGGCAGCAGAAUAAAAGCUGUUUUAUCCUUGGUGCUUCUGGGGAAACCGGCAAGGUGCUGCUCCGGGAGCUGCUGGAGCGCAACAUCUUCUCCAGGAUCACUCUCAUUGGAAGGAGACAGCUCACCUUUGAGGGCAUAGCAUAUGGAAACCUGGUACAAGAGGUGGUGGACUUUGAGAAGCUCGACGAUUACGCUGCUGCCUUCCAGGGCCAUGAUGUCGGCUACUGCUGUCUGGGAACAACCAGAGCGAAAGCAGGGACUGAAGGAUUCAUCCGCGUUGAUCACGACUAUGUUCUAAAAUCAGCCGAGCUGGCCAAGGCAGGAGGCUGCACGCAGUUCCACCUGGAGUCCUCCAGAGGAGCUGAUAAAAACAGCAACUUCCUCUACCUCAAAGUCAAGGGACAAGUGGAAGCAGAUGUUGAGGCGCUGGGCUUUGACAGAUAUGCCAUUUACAGACCAGGGGUUUUGUUGGUGGACAGGCAGGAGAGUCGGCCUGGCGAGUGGCUGGCCAGGAAAUUCCUUGGGGCCUUUUCUGCCGUGUGUUCCACGUCCAUGUCCAUCCCAAUCCACGUGGUGGCAAAAGCGAUGGUGUCGAACACUCUGCUUCGACCCGAGCAGAAGACGGAGAUCCUGGAGAACACAGCCAUCGCCACUCUGGGAAAGAGUGCAGGGAAGUAAGAGCGAGCAGGAAAUGCACUGAGAUAAUUUCGGCAGAUACACGGGGAUGACGACAUGCCGCAAACGCUCAUCACAUCAUCAGGAUUUUCACAGUACUUUUAAUUUAUCAAAGAAUUUUGCAACUGUCAGAAAAGCAAAGGGCGUUUCUGUGAAAACAUGUAAUCUUGAAAUCGCAUGGGUCUUUAAUAAUGUUUCAUGAGGGAACUAUUGCCACGCUUUUUGAUGUUCACCAUUCGUGCUCUGAGACAACAGAUUGAACCACUGCCUUAACAUAAAUCCUGAUGUUUUUUUCUACACUAGAUUAAAAUAUUGGAUGUUUGUAAAUCAGGAAAAUGUUUCCAUAAGAGCUGUAACGACAUAAAAGAAAAAAAUCUGAUGUCUAUAUCUAUGCUAUACUAUACCUGUGCGAUUCUGUAUUCCAUGUAUAUAAACAAUGUCUAUGCUAUAUUACAGGAAAUAUAGUUGUUCAUUUUAGAUUUAACAGUACAUUUAACAUGCAGAUGCCAUCCAUUGACGGUAUGAGUUUUUAUGAUACCAGCGAUGGAACAAUUUUGAAUAAACCUUGUUGAUGUUGAAUGUUGCGCACACGUUUCUGAAGCCAACCGGUGGUCCGACAGUUUAGGUUACCAGUGCGAGGUCUUAACUGGUAUAUAGCCAGUUUUAUUUGGAUGACUGGAUUUUGAUUUUUUUAAUGAAUUUGAACGUAUGACCCGUUAAUCCUUUUAUACUUUAUUUAUUUUGUUGGGGUUUUUAUUUAUUUUAUUUUAUUUUUUCUAAAACAACAUCAGCGUGGAACCAAACUAUGCAUGCGACAGCAAUGUCAGAUAUCCAGAAUAUGAUGUAAACACUUUGGUCACUUUUGAAAACCACUAUGUGUGUGUUCAUGUGUGUACAGAUAAAGAUGUAUAAUAAAUGCAGGCAGACCAGAGUAUCAAUACAGACUGAUGUUAUAAUAUCAACUUGUGUUCCUGCCAAAUUAAUAUAUAUCAAAUAUUAAGUUUUGUUAUGUAUUUUUUUUAUUUUAUUUAUUUUUCUCUUAUUUUCAAUUUUCUUCUACUGUAAUUAUUUUACAUAUCCCAUUAUUGUGCCUUGAUGUAUUUCAUUGCUCUAUGUAAAGCACUUGGCAUUGCCUUGGUGUUUGAGAGAUGACAUUCGAAGAAAAUAAACUUGCCUUUUUCUCUCCUCGA